GAAUGGAAUAUUUCCCCUUCUCUACAGCCAGCCGGGCCCCCACCGGAUUUCAAGGAUUUAGGAUCCGUCACCAGAGACAUUGCACAGUGGGGGAAGAGUGUCCUUGGCGCGCUCAUCACUGCAAGUGACAGGCCGAGCCAGUGAGGAAAUGGUUGCUGACUGUGGCUGAAUCCACAGCUGCCAGAAUAUGCAGCCCAGGGGCCUUCCUGGCAGUGCAAAGGCAGCGGACUGCGCCAAGGAGCUGAUCACCACGUUGUGCACGGGGGUUGUGGCCGGGAGGCAUGGUGACAACUUUCAAGAUUGCCGUGCUGGGUGCUCAAGGGGUCGGGAAGAGUGCCAUUGUCCGCCAGUUCCUGUACAACGAGUUCAGCGAGGUCUGUGUCCCCACCAAGGCCCGCCGUGUCUACCUACCUGCCGUGGUCAUGAAUGGCCAUGUUCACGACCUACAGAUCAUGGACUUCCCGCCUAUCACCUCUUUCCCUGUAAAUACCCUGCAGGAGUGGGCGGACGUGUGCUGCCGAGGCCUCCGGAGUGUUCAUGCCUACAUCUUGGUCUAUGACAUCUGUUGUUUUGACAGCUUUGAGUAUGUCAAAACCAUUAGGCAGCAGAUCCUAGAAACAAGAGUCAUUGGAACCUCAGAUACUCCCAUCAUCAUUGUUGGGAACAAGCGGGACCUCCAGAAAGGCCGGGUCAUCCCUCGCUGGAAUGUCUCCAACCUUGUGAAGAAGACAUGGAAGUGUGGUUACAUUGAGUGUUCAGCCAAAUACAACUGGCAUAUCCUCUUGCUCUUCAGUGAACUUCUGAAGAGUGUGGGCUGCGCACGAUGUAAGCACGUUCACACUGCCAUCCGCUUCCAGGGGGCCCUGCGGAGGAACCGAUGCACCAUUAUGUGAGAACUUAAGGACCUGCUAUACCCCCCACCAUCUCUGAGGGCAGCUUCUCCCCACUCGCCUGCCAUGUGCAUGGGAACCCCCCCUUUUUUAAUCUGGAUUCAGCUGGGGUAGAAGUUCUUAACAAGCAGCUCUGUCCCUCAAAGGAAGCCUCAGCCCUUAGCCUCAUUGAGGCCAGCUGGUUUUUUUUAUUUAUUUCUUGCUGAUCCUUGAAGCAAUGGAUGAAGUUUGCUUCUUUAUACAUAGAAGUCCUUCUGCUUUGGAUCAUAGACCAGGAGGUACAGGAAUCAACAGAUGGAGAAAAAUGCAGAAAGUCAACCUGAAGAAGGGGAAUGCAUCUAAUUCACUCUCUUGCAGCCAGUAUAUUAAUCUACCAAAUGUGGGAUUAGUUUAUAUUUUGUGAAUGCAAAUUAAGAGGAGCAAAUGUCCUCUUGAAAUAGAACCAGGCAGCCAGCCCAAUGGGGAUGGGCAAUCUUUGGCCCUCCAGAUGUUGCAUAAGUGCAACUUAGCGGUCUUAACUGGGAAUGCAACAAGAGCAUCAUGCUGGAUGUUCUAAUUCAGCAACAU